AGUCAAAACCAGCAAUGGUGUUGGUGAGAGGCUAAAUCGAAAGCUCAAAAAAAACUCUCUUCUUCUUCUUCCUCAGAAACUCACGAACCCUAGAAGAGUCUAUCGUCUUCAUCGCCUUUCAAGAUUAGUCUCCGGGUUCUAUUCUAUUUGUGUCGAAUGGAGAAUCCUAAAGGAGGAAACUUGAGCGUAUCGAGCUCCGAAGCUUUGACCACGACGCUUCGCAAUGCGAUCCAAGCUUUAGGCCGUGGUUUCGAUGUUACAUCAGAUGUUCGGCUUCUGUACUGCAAAGGAGCUCCUGGGUCAAGACUGGUUCGUAUCGAAGAAGGACAAAACAGAGAUCUUGAAUUGUCCGAUGGGGAUCUUCUUCCUAACGUCCCUGCUGAAAUCGAGUGCUCUCAAGGCAGAACUAGCAUACAGAGAAUCCCUGUUUGCACCUUCCACGAGAUGGCAGAAUACUUCAAUGAGAGAUCAGGCGUUAAAGGGAACAUACCACUUGGAUGCUUUAACGCGAUGUUCAAUUACACUGGUUCUUGGCAAGUCGAUGCAGCAUCCACAAAAUCUCUUGCAUUGGUUGGAUAUUUUAUACCGCUUUAUGAAGUCAAAUUGGCAAAGCUUACAUUGGUUUUGCGCAAUGAGAUCAGACGCGCUGUUCCUUCUUCAUGGGAUCCCGCUUCUUUAGCUAGCUUUAUCGAAAUUUACGGGACUCAUAUUGUAACUUCGGUGACGAUUGGUGGAAGAGACGUGGUAUACAUUAGGCAGCAUCAGUCUUCUCCUUUACCGGUAUCUGAAAUCGAGAACUAUGUCAACGACAUGAUGGAGCACAGGUUUCACGAAGCAGAGAGCCAAUCUAUAACUGGCCCCUUAAAAUACAAAGACAAGGAUAUCACAGUAAUAUUUAGGCGAAGAGGAGGCGAUGAUCUUGAGCAAAGCCAUGCUAGAUGGGCUGAGACAGUACCUGCAGCUCCAGACAUUAUCAACAUGACUUUUACUCCUAUUGUUUCUCUGCUCGAAGGUGUGCCUGGUCUACGGCAUUUGACUCGUGCUAUCGAACUUUACUUGGAAUAUAAGCCUCCUAUCGAAGAUUUACAAUACUUCUUGGAUUUCCAAAUAGCUCGAGCUUGGGCUCCCGAACAGAGUAACCUCCAACGCAAAGAACCUGUGUGUCAAUCUCUUCAGUUCAGCUUAAUGGGUCCUAAACUAUUCAUCAGCGCUGAUCAGGUGACGGUUGGGCGUAAACCGGUGACAGGUCUCAGGCUAAGCUUAGAAGGAAGCAAACAAAACCGUCUCUCUAUACAUUUACAACACUUGGUCUCUCUCCCCAAAAUCUUGCAGCCACAUUGGGACUCUCACGUGCCUAUAGGUGCACCUAAAUGGCAAGGACCAGAGGAGCAAGAUAGCCGCUGGUUCGAGCCAAUCAAAUGGAAGAACUUCUCUCACGUGAGCACCUCGCCGAUCGAACACACCGAGACACACAUCGGCGACCUCUCCGGCGUUCACAUUGUCACCGGAGCUCAGCUCGGGGUUUGGGAUUUCGGAUCAAAGAACGUUUUGCACCUGAAACUACUCUUCUCUAAAGUCCCCGGUUGCACAAUAAGACGGUCCGUCUGGGACCACACUCCGGUAGCUUCCUCCGGUAGACUCGAACCGGGAGGUUCGUCUACAUCGAGUUCUUCGACGGAGGAGAAGAGAGAGGACGUGUCGGGGCAGGCAGGGAAGCUUGCAAAGAUCGUUGAUUCGUCGGAGAUGUUGAAAGGACCACAGGAUUUGCCUGGACAUUGGCUUGUGACUGGAGCAAAGCUAGGCGUUGAAAAGGGUAAGAUUGUGUUGCGUGUGAAGUAUUCGUUGCUAAAUUAUUGAGAGAGAGAGAGAGAGUUAGAGAUGAGAUCUUGCUUUUCCGGCGGCCGGGAAAUUUUUUUUUCCGUCAGCAUUCUUUUGCACAGGGAAUCUUUCUUUGUACAUGCUCCGGUUGCCUAUGAGAACCGUUCCGGUUUGGUUCUGUUUGAUAUUGGUUGAUUAUUUUUAAGUUUUGGCCCGGUUUGGUAUUGUAGACGAUUUUUAUUUUAUUCAUCAGAGAUGUAAAUUGUAGUCGGAUAUUUCAACACAUGGUUCGAUGUAAAGCCUUGUUAUGACACGUUAUGAAAUUUGCAU